AUGUCUGCUGACAACGCUGCCACUCUUGCCCAGUUCACUGCCAUGUGGGCUUCGCUCGACGAGCCUGCCAGGCAGCGCCUUUUGUCCAGCGUGCCUGCCGUGCCUAGCCCUGCGCCUUCGGCAGUGCCAGCCACGCCCACAGCCGACUCUGCACAAGAAGCCCACACAGCCGUUGAAAACCCCGCCAAGCCCUCUACCAAAGCCCCGCCUGAGAUCGUCACUGGCGCAGCUCCGCCCUCACAGCCCAUGCUCUCAGCCCAGCAAGCCCAGGAGCUCCAGGACCUCAAGGCCGCCGCCCUGGCCCGCCGUCAGGCCACUCUGGACAGCGCCGCCCAGUCUGCCCAUGCGCCCAGCUCAGCCAACUCCUCCGCCCAGCCCAGUGCUUUGUCGGGGGACGCUGGAUCCCAGGAUCGCCGGCACGAUCUCAUUUUCCUGGAUCCUCUCAUGGAAUGCAUCUGGACGCCAGGGCACCUGCGCACAGCCACGAGCGCCCCUGCCCAAACCUGCCUCCGGCGCCCAGAGCCCCGGGGGGCCAGAUCCCCGCAAAUGCCUCCAAAUGUGAAAGACAGUCAUGCCGACUGCCUCGACGAAGCCACAGCCACCUGUGCUGCCUACUACGCCGGCCCGCCAAUCGCCCCAGACCCGGACCUUGAAGAGCAGACGACAGCCACGCCUCCUGCCCAAGAUGCCCCGGCGGCGCCCAAUCCCAAAGCCAACCCGCCCCAACUGGGGCCCACCCUCUCCUGCCUAGACAUGGACAACUACCGUAUUGAAAGGGAUGCCCGGGGCCGUAUCCUCAUUCACCAGUGCGACUAUGACGUGCUGAUGGCCCAUGCCUACCGCGGUUUACCCUCCACCCGCUUCAUGAUGGACAACGAGUCGUUCACAGUCGUCCCGGGCCCAUACCCCUUUGGGACCCCGCCCACUGUGCCUCCGCCGACGAGAGAGCCUGCCCCCGCCCAGUCGACCCCUGAUGAGCCCGCCCCGGCCCAACAGGACGGAGAUGCCAACAGGCCUGGCGGGUCCAUUUUCCCCGACCCCGGCCGCACAGACCGCUCUUGCAAGCCCAGGGCCCAGGCAGAUCGACUCCAGCCCACCCCCCGUCUGCUCAUCGGCCAGCCGCCUGACAGACGGUACAGAGGUUGUACCAUCUUGCCCAGCAUGUGCUUGCCCGACACCUUCAGGCUAGCCCAGCACGAGGCCCAGGUCUGCUAUAUGGACCACAACAACCGCCUACGGUGCGCAAGGCCCUGCAACACACCGCCUUUCUGCCCAUACGGCCUCGUCUGCGCCCAGCAGAUGCCCAGCCCAGACGAAGUCCAUGAGCGACACCAAUGCAGCAGGUGUCACGAAUUCGACAAACACCGCGAGUCGGUGUGGGGACACUUCCUCAGCCCAGCCCAUGAGCACAGAGCCCCUGCCUCGCCGGGCAGUUUUUUGCCUAGAUGGCCCACGUGCCUACUUCUCGGCUUUUCGCCCGCACGCCCACAGGGCUCUUGGGUCACAAGUACCCUAGCCACGCCUAGCUCCGCGUUCUUUCCCCGCCAUGCUUCCAAUGCAGAGGAUAAGAGCUUCGCAAGCGGCAUCAUGUCAGCGCAGCCGAUGCCCCGCUCCGACUUCGUCAUCAAGAACAUCAAGGAGAACGAGCACGCACAGUUCGACGAGGUGGCAAAAAUGUACAGGAGACUCUCGAACAUGAACCCAGGCGCCGCGGGCAGUGCCUUCGAGCUCUUGGUUCACCUGUUCUGGCAGGAGGCUACCGCCCGGAAAGACACGGUCCCGCUCACACUUCGCAAGCCAGGCACCGACGACCUGCAUUGGUUAGUGAGUUGUGCCCAGUUCGAGUCGAGGCCUCGCAGCAUCGAAGAGCACGAGGGCAUGGAGAUCGGCAAUGACAUUGUGGGCUACUUCACGCCUGACAGCCCGCGAUAUCCUGUGCUCGACAGCAUUCUCAGGUUCAAGCUUGCCGACAAGACCGAGGUGCUGGCCAUCCAGAUCAGCACUGCCAUACAACACAAGCAUGGCCUGCUCGAACCGCUGCCAAAGUUGCUGCAGUUGCUGCCGGCUCUGCCAAUGGCAACCAAGCCGCAGUUGGCCUUAUGGGACUUUCCCCCAGACAAGCCUUGCAAGUGGAAUCCCGAAGAGUCUGCGCACUGGGAGCUGCUGCAUGUUGGCUGCGAGACUUUUGACGAGCGCAUGCGUGGCCGUUUGCGGGUUGCUUUCUUGCUCGCGUCAAUUCUGCAGGUCGUUCCACGGCGCCUGGGCCUCGCCCCAAGCAUGCACU